CAACGACAGAUUUCUAGCAUCGUCAGAGGACAAACGGCCCGCAGUACGAAUACUCCCCGUCAAAGUACUGCGUUGUACAUGAGCACUACAUGCACCUCGGGUGCAUGUAGGAAGCCGUGUCCCUCCCCCCUCCCUCCCUCCCUCCCUCCCUCGCGUCGGAGACCAGCCGGAGGCCGCAGAGGAAGGACUGCGCGAACAACAUGGCUCUCUCUCAGCAUCCCCGGCUGCUGCUGCUGCUGCUGCUCGCUUGCGUCGCUCAGUCGUCGGCGCUCCGACGCACCGACGCCCGAUCUUUGCCCAUAUCGGAUUUAAAAUCCAAGCUCUCCGGCGUGGAGGAGCUCCUGGAGGAGUUCCGCCAGCAGCUCACGCAGGACCCGACGCGCCGGGCAGGCGACGCGCUCGACUCUUGCGCGGGCGACUUCGACGCCGUCGGGGAGCGCAUCAUCCGCACCAAGGCCUCCAUCGAGCGGGGGGCCACCUUCCUGUUGGUCCCGGACAGGGUGUACACCUGGAAGGACUGUGUGCGCGCCUGCUGCUCCCAGCCGCACUGCACCGUGGCGGUGGUUCAGCAGGACCGGAGGCAGCUCGGGGACACGCUCAGCUGCUACCUGUUCAACUGCACCUACCGGGGCGCGAGCGUGUGCAGCUUCGCCCCGCAGCAGGGCUUCACCACCUACAGCCGGAGCCCCAACGCCACCGCGCAGGGGCCGCUGCUCCCCGGGUCCCCCGGCGGUGCAGCCAGGGGCCCGGGGGAGGAAAAGGCACAAGAUGCGGAUGAGCCUCCUCGCAGUGACGCCGGACAGGACGUGGUGAUCCAGCUGCCCACAGACUGGGCCGUCCUGGAUGGACGGGACAGCGUGGACGACCGUGGGAUUAACCGAUAUGAUUGGACUCUCGUCAAGGGGGACACCGCCAUCAAUAUGAAGGCGACCCAUCCGGGGCUGCUGAAGGUCAGCGGGCUCCAGGAGGGCGUCUACUCCUUCCAAAUGACUGUCACCGACACAUCGGGCCAGAGAAGCUCCGACAACGUCUCUGUUACUGUGCUGGCACCGAAACACCAAGCAGAAGUUUGCACAGGUUUCUGUUCAAAGUACCAGUUCAAGUGUGAUGACGGCUGCUGUAUUGACAUCACCUUUGCCUGUGAUGGGAAGCAACACUGCACAGACCGCUCUGAUGAAAUCUUCUGCCCAAUCUUUGACAGCAACAGGAAGUCGUCGACCGACCCUGCGGAUCUGUCAAACCGCCACGGUCUCGUAUCCCAGCCAGAGGAGGCGGAGGACGGCUCCGUGCUCCAGACUGGACCCAGAAAAAACAUAGAGAACCUUGUGCCACCUCAGGACAGGAGCGAGGCCGCUUUCCCUCUAAAUCCCAGUCAAGGGGGCCCUUCAGACAGUCACGGUCCGUGUGCUGCGGCUCCGGUUGUCGGACCUUGUAAAGGCACCUUCCCACGCUGGUACUAUGACCAAAAUGCGGGAGAGUGCAAACACUUCCUAUAUGGCGGUUGCCAGGGCAACCAUAACAACUUCCUCCAGGAAACUGACUGUGUCAGUGAAUGUAUCCAAAAGACUUUCAAACCAGCGACUGUGGCUCCUCCAAUCACCAAACAGACUGAGAUUGCUGCCCCAAAGGUGUCCCUGAGCCGGGCCGAGAGCAACGCGCCCGUAUCCAAACCGUUUCCAGGGAUGGGAGGGCAUCCAGUACCAGAGUCAGGUGCGAUCCUUCCUCUGACUCUCGGCCUCAUCAUCACUGCUGUGCUGCUGCUCAUGAUUGGCUGUCGCCUCAGACUUGUUGGACACAGGCUGAAGAAGGCACGACCCCUCACCACGGAGGAGUCUGAUUACCUCAUCAACGGCAUGUACCUGUAGCCCAUCGGCCGUGGGUAGACAUCUGAGAAAAGAGAAACAACACCGCAACCAGAGCCGGAACCUCUUUGAAUUUGCACGCUGUGUUUCUUGCAGCCCAGCGUCUGUCAUUUUUGCCGUCAGAUGGGAAACACCCCCAACUCUUUGCUGUCAUGAACGUCUGUGCACAUAGCCACACUGAACUCCUCUGACUGGUAAAUCCGCUGCAGACGCUGCCUUUAAAGCCAUUGGCAUACAUUUAGACGCUUGUUAAUCCAUAUUUACCAUACGGUACAAGAGAGCAUUCAUCCUUAUUAAAAUUCCUCUAAGGCAGGUUAAUUUGACAUCAAACAUUAUUAUUUGCACAAAAAUAUGCUGUGAUUUUUGCCACUGGGUGGCACUAAUGUGGCACGGUUGCACUGUACAUUUCACCUGAGUUAACAUUUUUCUGUAAAUUUGACCAAACCUAUCUGGAGUAUCAACUAUAUUUGCACUCAUGUAUACCCUCAAAGUGCUGUGUGAUAUUAAAGCGUGUUAUAUAUCAAAAAAGAACUGG